GUGCGCAUGCUCUGUGCGGCUCACGCUGGUGCCCUCGCUGUGUAUUGCCGGGGAGAUGGCGGAGCAGGUCCGGGGUCUGUGCGAGCGCCUGGUGCAGGCGGUGACCGUCAUCAUGGAGCCCAGCUCGGCCCACGAGCACAGGCUGGAGGCGCUGCGGUUCUGUGAGGACUUCAAGGAGAAGUGCCCGGUGUGUGUGCCCUGCGGGCUGCAGCUGGCGGAGAGGUCGCACCCCCCGGUUGUCCGACACUUCGGCCUGCAGGUUCUGGAGCACGUGGUGAAGUUCCGGUGGAAUGACAUGGAGCGGGAGGAGAAGGUGAUCCUGAAGGACAGUGUGAUGGGACUGAUGGCCGCUGGGGUCCGUCCCAUCAUGGAGGAGGAAGGACACAUCAAGGAUGUGCUGGCUCGGAUCGUGGUGGAGAUGAUAAAGCGGGAAUGGCCUCAGCACUGGCCCGACAUGCUGACGGAGCUGGAGGGUCUCAUCAAGAACGGGGAGGUGCAGACGGAGCUGGUGAUGUUCAUCCUGCUGCGGCUGGCCGAGGACGUGGUCACCUUCCAGACUCUGCCCGCUCAGCGCCGCAGAGACAUCCAGACCACCAUGACCCAGAACAUGGAGAAGCUCUUCGCCUUCAUGCUGAGCAUUCUGGGGGACAGCGUGCAUCAGUACCAGCAGCUGAAGAGUGAAGCGUCUCAGAAGGACAAGUGCCAGGGACUGUGCCGCGUGGCGCUGGCGGCUCUGAACACUCUGGCCGGAUACAUAGACUGGGUGUCCACCGGCCACAUCACUGCCCAUGACUGCAAACUGCUGCAGAUGCUGUGUCUCCUGCUGGAGGAGGAGGAGCUGCAGGUGGAGGCGGCCGAGUGUCUGCUCAUCGCAGUCAGCAGGAAGGGGAAGAUGGAAGAUCGGGUUCCUCUUCUCGUGCUCUUCGGGGACAAUCCCAUGCACUGUAUCAUGACAGCGGCUCAGAAGGCGCACAGUGAGGGUCUGCAGGAGAAGUGCUAUGUCUUUCUGAAGCGGCUGUGUCAGGUGCUGUGCGCUUUGAGCAGCCAGUUGUGCGCUCUGACUGUGUCCUCGGACGUCAGCGUGGGGGUCCCGGAGACGUUUGGUAAAUUCCUGAGCUCAUUGCGGGAGUUUACGGUGCACCCCAGUCAGUUUCUCAGGUCAAGCACUCUGAUGACAUGGGGCGCCCUCUUCAGACAUGAGGUCCUCUCAAAGGACGCGGCUCUGAAGGCAAUGGUCCCGGAGUUCCUGAGGAUCUGUACGAGUAAUCUGGUGAAGGUGGGUUACCCUUCCAAGAAUGACAGCCCCAGCUGCGAAUACUCCCGUCUGGACUGCGACAGCGAUGAAGACUUCAACACCUUCUUCAACUAUUUCAAGGCCUUGAUGGGCGAUGUGAUGCGGGCCGCCUGCCGCGUGGACCCCCUGACCAGUUUCCGCCUGGCGGAUGAAUGGCUGCGGUUCCAGCUGAAGGCUCCAGUGGACCCAGGGUUGAAUUGCUCUAAAGCAGGGGAUGGGCUGUGCAGCCUGCUGUCCCCCUCCUUCAUACAGUGGGACGCCAUGACCUUCUUCUGCGAGUGUGUGAUCACCCAGGUGCUCCGACUGCUGCCCAAAGAGAAGCUGCCGGUGUCUCAGGGCAUUGACCUCCUCCAGCAGGUGCUUUGCUACGAGACCGGGGACCCCCUGAUCCUGUCCUGCGACCUCACCCUGCUGUCCGUGCUCUUUCCCUUCAUGCGCUACAUGAAUGGCUCAAUGCCGGCACUGUUCUCCAAGCUCUUCUCGGUGGUGACCUUUGACCUGUGUAAUAAGGGACCCCGGAGUCGUGCAGUGAAGAACGUGCGCCGUCACGCCUGCUCCUCCCUUAUAAAGAUCUGCCGGGAUUUUCCGGAUCUGGUUCUGCCUCACCUGGAUCUCCUGUGCGCGCACACCAUGCUGCUGCUGCAGGACGAGCGGCUCUCGCAGUUUGAGAAGUACGGCCUGCUGGAGGCGCAGGUCCUGAUCAGUAACCAGCUCAAGGACUACGAGCGGCAGCGGGGCUUCCUGGUGCAGAUGCUCGCACCGGCCAUAUCUGUCUGGAUGUCCGAGGAGCUGCAGAGAGCCGUAUCCAGUCCUGAUGACUUCAUUUCUUAUGUGGGAGCUGACGUCUUGAGAGGUGAGACGGAAGAUGACCAGAGCCCAUGUAAGGUGAACCGCAGCCAGCUCAGCUUCUGCCUGUACGCGUGGGAGGCGCUGCUCCGACGAGCGCGAUGGCCCGGUAACCCCGAACAGGCUAAAGCUGGAGGCUAUGUUGUGGGGUACUCCUCCUCUGGGACCCCGAUCUGCCGCAACCCCUGCAGUGAGGAAAUGGUGAAGAUUUUUGAGGGUCUGUUGAGCCUGGUGAGGACGUUCAACAAUUUAUACCUUCCGGAAAUCGUCCAGAAAAUGGGCGACUUCUAUGUGAAAUGCCUGGACAUGCUGGAGAUGGAGAAGAAGGGCAUUCUGGGGCUGCCGCAGCCGCUCCUGGAUGUGUACGAUGCUCCGGUGUACAAGAGCGCGCUGGAGAGAAUGCAGGGCUUCUUCUUCUCCAUCUUUGAAGGCUGUUGUCAGAUCCUGGGGAACAUUGGGCCGUCCUUGCUGCAGGAUUAUUACUCGAUACCAGGUUUGGCGGGCCGCCUCGUUAACUCAGUCUUCUGCAACCUCACCCACAUCCCGGACUUCCGCCUGCGCCCACUGUUGCGCUUCUUUGUGAAGCCACUGAUUGUCUCCUGUCCUCCUGACAAGUACGAGAGCCUCCUGGGGCCAAUCCUGGGGCCCCUCCUCAGCUUCCUGCACCAGAGGCUGUCGCAGAAGUGGCUGGCGAGUGAGGAGGAUUACUCCGAGCUGAACACCGAGACUACGGAGAUCCUGGAGGUGGAGCUGGUGCGGCUGCUGACCCGGGAGAUGGUGGACCUCAUCAUUGUCAGCUGUAUAGCCAAGAAGACGUCGGAGGCCUCGUCGGGCAACGCUGCGGGGGAGGAGGUGCGCAGUGCGGCUCCAGUAGACGCUGACGAUGAGGAAAUGAUGAGUGUGGACGCUGCGGCCGUCGGCUCUCUGGAACUGUCAGAUCUCGGGAAGUUCCUGAUGUCACUCGAGGAGGUGUCGACCACCCUGCUGAUCAGCGCAUACAGUCCGCUCGUAUGGAUGGACACGCCGGCCUGUCAGAAAGCUGCCUCCCAGCUGUGCUGGCCCCUUCUCAAACAGGUGCUCUCCACUUCUCUGCCCUCUGAAGCCGUCAUCUGUUUUUUCACCAAUGUUCUGCGCGGCCUCCAGAUCCACGGCCAGCACGAGGCCUGCAACUUGGCCCUGGCGACCCUGGCCUUCCAGAUCUACAGCACCCUGCGCCCUCAGGUCCCGGAGCUGGGGGUGGUGAUGGAGCAGGUCCCCAACAUCCAUGCUGAGUCCUUGAAGGGGUUUGACGCUCGUCUACGGUGUCCGGCGGAGAAAAAAGCAGAGAAGCGAAAGAAGGAACAUUUCAAGCGCCUCAUCGCUGGCUGCAUUGGGAAGCCGCUGGGGGAGCAGUUUCGGAAAGAAGUUCACAUCCGGAAUCUUCCGUCUCUCUUCCAGAAGAAGGCGCGGCCGGCGCUGGACGAGGACGCCGUCUUAGGAAGCUGCGCAGAGUCGCUCCCAGCGUUAUUCCAGCCGUGAGGCGAGGUCACAGCAGCAGGGGAGGUUCGGAGCACCUCGUACCUCGAAGUCCGUGUACACGAGGUCUCUGAUCCUUCUCAGGCUGCACAUUUAUCCUCCCCCCCCCCCUAUGGGGGUCCAAACAAUCCACUAAACAGACAUUCCUGGACUGACGCCGCUAGUGCUCUCUGUGGGCAGCACCUUCAGGCUGGCAAAUCAGAACAAUGGCCGCCUCUACAGCCCGGAAGGGACAGACCUAACACCAUCAUAUUGAUUCCACCGUCUGCGAGGAGGAGCUGAAAUGACGAGGACUUUAAUGAUCGACCUAAUGAACUUCUGCAAAACGACUACGCGUCCCAGCAUGCUUCACUACAGCGAGAGGAGGAACAAGGGCCCGUGGGGUUUCUUAAACAAGGUGGCGGCUGCUCUGAAGCGCCAUUACCGCUUUUUUAGUGGACGUCACUUAUUUAUUUUCUUCUAUGAUAGUUCCUCUUCUGUCCUGUGACGUCAGUAAAUGUUUGAU